GGGGGCGUCGGCGGCCGCGGGGCGCGUGUCCCGGGGCCUUCGGAGCAGCGGCGUGAGACAUGAUGCCAUUAUUAUCUCAGGAACUGAAAUGGCCAAACAAAUUCAGAAAGAAAUACAGAGAGGUGUGGAAUCAUGGAUUUCCCUUGGGAACAGAAGACCUCACCUCAGUAUCAUCUUAGUGGGCGAUAACCCAGCAAGCCAUACGUACGUCAGGAAGAAGAUCAGAGCCGCCUCUGCUGUAGGUAUCUGUAGUGAGAUCAUUCUAAAACCUAAGGAUGUUUCUCAGGAAGAACUUUUGGACAUAACUGAUCAAUUGAAUAUGGACCCAAGAGUCAGUGGUAUAUUAGUUCAGUUGCCACUGCCAGACCAUGUGGAUGAGCGAACAGUGUGCAAUGGAAUUGCCCCUGAAAAAGAUGUAGAUGGAUUUCAUAUUAUCAAUAUUGGAAGACUGUGCCUUGAUCAGCAUUCUCUCAUACCCGCCACUGCCAGUGCAGUUUGGGAAAUAAUCAAGAGAACAGGAAUUGAAACAUUUGGGAAAAAUGUGGUUGUAGCUGGAAGAUCCAAGAAUGUAGGGAUGCCCAUUGCCAUGCUUUUACACACUGAUGGAGAACACGAACGGCCAGGAGGUGAUGCAACGGUGACAAUAGCUCACAGAUACACUCCCAAAGAACAACUGAAGAUCCAUACUCAGCUGGCAGAUAUUAUCAUAGUAGCUGCCGGUAUUCCAAAGUUGAUUACAUCUGAUAUGGUUAAAGAAGGUGCUGCUGUAAUUGAUGUGGGUAUCAACUAUGUCCAUGACCCAGUGACAGGAAAGACAAAACUGGUUGGAGAUGUGGACUUUGAAGCUGUUAAGAAGAAGGCUAGCUUUAUCACUCCAGUUCCAGGAGGCGUGGGACCCAUGACGGUGGCAAUGCUUCUGAAGAACACCCUUCUGGCAGCUAAAAAACUCAUUUACUAGAUCACAUGAAAGAAUAAAGCAAAAUGAAAUCAUGCUAUUUAUUUAUUUGACAAAGGGCAAACAUCUUUAUAUUUUACUACAAAGCUAUUUAUUUCUACAUUGUAUUUAUUUUUUCAUGGAUGGAAUCAUUGUGGAUCAGAUGAUUCAUACAACUUGAUGCAUUUCCUGCUAACAGAUUUUGAGUUUUAGGGAGAAAAAAAAACCCAAUUCCAGUGAAAGCUUUGGUAACAGCGGUUUAUUUUGUGAAUAAUAUUUGUUCAUAGUUUUAAACAAAAAGGGCUCAUAAUAAAUGAAUAUAUUUUUGACACAAAUAUCACACUAUGUUUUCAACAAAUGUCCUGUCAGCCAAAUGGGUGCCCUUAUAAAAUGUAAUUUAGGUUUUGACAUAAGUAUGCUCAGUUUUUAUAUAUUUUGUUUAUCAUAUGCUGAAAAAGAGCUUACUUGCUAAAAGAAAGAUAAAAUAUUAAAAGUAAGAUCUUGAUCUCAUUUAUUCCUCAAAUGGAUCCUGUGAGGCCCCUUAAUGAGAAUGAUACUCUAUUCAAGGAAAUAAAAAUAAACAAAGAAGGCAAAAAAUGCAGAGCCACUUAGAAAGGUAAUGAUCAUUUCAAAUUGCAAUGACUACUUUCUAUGGUAAAAAUGUGAUAAGAAUAUCUUAGGUUUACAUGUAAUUUCUUUCUUAUUCUAGAAAAAUAUUUGGAUAAUACCUUCCUUGAAGAAUAAUGGAAAAUCCAAUACCAAACAUAUACAACAAAGCUAUGGUUGUAUUUUCCCACAAAUAUUAGAAAAAUAUAGUAUAGAAUGAGUGAGAACUGCAUUAAAGAAAAACUGCCAGAUUUGUUCACAGAUUCAGAAAUUAAUAGGAAAAUAAGACACUUAACAAAAUGUGCCAAAGCUAAGUCUUAGGCUAUGACAAAAAGUCUACUGCUUUGUUCCCCACUGUUCUUACCUCUUCUGCUGUGGCAUUUGGUUCUCAAAGUAGAUGCCAUAUUUCGAACGCCAUUUAAAUUAGGAAAUACACAUGAAUGUCAGUUGAAGGCUAUUCUGAGACUAUCCUAAGCACUUCAUUGUAUUGUUUUCAUGUCCAAUUCCAGUGUGUUUAGGCACCAACAAUGAUUCUUACCCAGUGCAUGUCUUUAUCACUGUGUGUUUCUGAUCAAUUGUGUGAAAAUAGACUAGAUACUUAUAAUUAAUAAUAUUUCAACCGUAUAAUAAAAGCAAUUUGAAGAA